GUAAACCAGUCACAAAUGCACUUAGAGGAUUUUGCAUCUGAAACUCAAAGUGUAGGCUAAAUAAAGGCGUACUUGUAAUUAAUUGUAGCAUUAUUCAAAGUUUGAGUGCCCUAUAUAUCACCUCAAUAAGGACAUGAUAUGGGCGGGCCAUUGCGAUGUGCCCGCCCACAACAAUAGCUGAGCCACUGCUGUUGUAUAUGACUGACCCUACCGUUCACUGAUGCCUAUUUGCUGUGGUAGUGGAACAGCUCAUCGGAACAGUGUUCUCAGUGCGGUGAUCAUGUUCUCAAAAGGAUGCUCUUUCACCGUGCAUGUGUGAAUAGAUCGGCUGUAACCAACUGCCAGUGUUACAGCUUGACUAUUGCCGUUGGUUUCUUGACCGAGAGAAUACGCUACCUCCUCUUUAUUCCCCGUGGACUUUGCUGCAAAGCGACCGCAUAGAUACAUAACAGAGGACUCGCGGAGCUUCUCCAUAAGUACAACCAAAAAAAAUAUCACCGGCGCUUCUGCCGUGAGCCCCAUUCAUUCGAAACAUGGCGAGCGACUCCCCGGCACGAUGUCUGGAUGAUAUAGACCUCACCGCGCUACGGGACCCUGCCGGGAUAUUCGAGCUGGUGGAACUGGUGGGCAAUGGCACAUACGGACAAGUGUACAAGGGUCGCCAUGUCAAGACCGGGCAACUGGCAGCCAUCAAGUGCAUGGAUGUCACUGGGGAGGAAGAGGAGGAGAUCAAGGCGGAGAUCAACAUGUUGAAGAAAUACUCCCACCACCGCAAUAUCGCCACCUACUAUGGUGCCUUCAUCAAGAGGAACCCACCAGGAGUAGAUGACCAGCUUUGGCUGGUGAUGGAGUUCUGUGGGGCGGGCUCGGUGACGGACCUCAUUAAGAACACCAAAGGUAACUCUCUGAAGGAAGAGUGGACCGCCUACAUCUGCAAAGAGAUCUUGAGGGGCCUUGCACACCUCCACGCACACAAAGUCAUCCACCGAGACAUCAAGGGCCAGAACGUGCUGCUUACAGAGAACGCUGAGGUCAAGCUCGUGGACUUUGGAGUGAGCGCUCAGCUGGACCGCACUGUCGGCCGAAGAAACACGUUCAUCGGCACACCCUACUGGAUGGCCCCCGAAGUCAUCGCCUGCGACGAAAAUCCUGAGGCAACGUACGAUUUCAAGAGUGACCUGUGGUCAUUGGGGAUCACCGCCAUUGAGAUGGCAGAGGGAGCUCCACCGCUGUGUGACAUGCAUCCAAUGCGAGCCCUCUUCCUCAUCCCCAGAAACCCUGCUCCCCGGCUCAAGUCCAGGAAGUGGUCCAAAAAGUUUCACCAGUUCAUCGAGAGCUGCCUGGUGAAGAACCACAACCAGCGGCCCAGCACAGAACAGCUGCUCAGCCACGCCUACAUCCGGGAGAUCCCCAACGAGAGGCACAUCCGCAUCCAGCUGAAGGACCACAUCGACCGCACCCGCAAGAAGCGCGGAGAGAGAGAUGAGACGGAGUAUGAAUACAGUGGCAGUGAGGAGGAAGAAGAAGAGCACGACAAGGGAGAACCCAGUUCCAUCAUCAACGUUCCGGGCGAGUCGACCCUGAGGCGGGACUUCCUGCGGCUGCAGCUGGCCAAUAAGGAGCGCUCGGAGGCGCUGCGGCGGCAGCAGCAGGAGCAGCAGCAGAACGAGGACCACAAGCGCCAACUACUGGCCGAGCGGCAGAGGCGCAUCGAGGAGCAGCGGGAGCAGCGGCGGCGGCUGGAGGAGCAACAACGUCGUGAGCGAGAGUACCAGAGGCAGAAAGAAAAGGAACAGCGACGGCAAUAUGAGCUGGAGCAGCUGCGUCGAGAGGAGGAGAGGAGGGUGGCUGAAAGCGAGCAGGAGUAUAUCCGCCGGCAGCUUGAGGAGGAGCAGAGGCAACUGGAGAUACUGCAGCAGCAGCUCCUGCAGGAGCAAGCACUCCUUCUGGAGUACAAGCGUAAGCAGCUGGAGGAGCAGAGGCAGGCGGAGCGUCUGCAGAGGCAGCUGCAGCAGGAGAGAGCCUACCUGGUCUCCCUGCAGCAGCAGCAGCAGCAGCAGCAGCAGCAGGACGGGCAGGGCAGGCAGGGCGAGAAGAAACCACUCUACCACUACAAGGACGCCAUCAACCCCGGCGACAAGCCGCCCUGGGCCAAGGAGGUGGAAGAACGCUCGAAGCUGAACCGGCAGAGCUCCCCGGCGCUGCAGCAUAAAGUCGCCAAUAGGAUCUCCGACCCAUCCCUCCCACCCCGCUCGGAGUCCUUCAGCAGCGGGGGGCUGCAGCCGGCUCGCACCCCUCCCAUGCACCGGCCCAUCGAGACACAGAUGGCCCAUCUGGUGCCUGUGAAGUCCCACAGCCCCACCAUGACCGGCUCGCAGUCUCUACACGACCAGUCACCCAAGGGGGUCGCCGGUUUCCAGGAGGGCCCGCCAGCCCACCGGCCCGAGAUGCCGCCGCGACAGAACUCGGAUCCCACCUCCGAGACACCCGCGGCGGCAAUGCCCUCGCGCAGCGGUGAAAAGCUAGAGCGGGGCUCCUGGCUCAGAGAAGAAGAUAUCCCCCCUAAGGUGCCCCAGAGGACCAUCUCCAUUUCUCCUGCACUGGUCCGGAAGAACUCACCUGGAAAUGGGGCAGGUAGUGGUCUAGCCCCCAGGGCUGGAGCAGCCCUGAUACGAGCCAGCAACCCUGACCUGAGACAGCCGGAGAUGUCACUUGAGGGAGCUCUGCAGAGGAGGAGCAGCAACAGCUCGUCCAGCUCAGGCACGCCCACCUCCCAGCAGGGCUCCAGCGAGAGGAACCAGAGCAAAGAUACACCCAAGACGGAGACCUCCCCCACAGGCUCUCAGGAAAGCCCUAAACCCAAGCCAGAGGAGGCUCGUGAGACACCAAGGCCCAGUAGACCCGCAGACCUGACUGCUCUGGCCAGAGAGUUGCGGGAACUGCGCACGGACGACGCCCCUCGCCCACCCAUUAAAGUAACGGACUACUCCUCCUCCAGCGAGGACUCGGAGAGCAGUGACGAGGAAGGGGAUCAUGUGGGCAACGAUGGCACUGUGGCAGUCAGCGACAUCCCUCGAAUCAUGCCCUCAGGACCAGGUGGUGAAUCAUACAGGAGUGGCCAUGACGACGCUCUCAAUAAUGGCUCCAAAGAUGACACCCUGAUGAUGGGAGAGACGCGCGAGCGAAAGCGCUCCACUCACUCGGAGAGUAAUGGCUUUGCCGGCCAUGGGAACCUGCCUGACCUGCUGCAGCAGAGCCACUCCCCGGCUGGCACCCCGUCGGAGGCCCUGAGCCGCCUGGCUGGCCUGCACCCGCAGGACCUGGAUGCCAUGGAGGAGUUUGCCAAGACUGCGGGCUCCAAUGCCUCCUUCACUCCUUUCAUGGACCCUAGGGUCUAUCCAACCUCUCCUUCUGAUGAGGAUGGCGAGAACUCCGCUGCAGCCAUGUUUGCGAAUGAGCUGCUAAGGCAGGAGGAGGCCAAGCUUAGCGAGGCCAGGAAGAUCUCUGUGGUGAACGUCAACCCCACCAACAUCCGCCCGCACAGCGACACACCUGAGAUCCGCAAAUACAAGAAGCGCUUCAACUCUGAGAUCUUGUGUGCUGCCCUUUGGGGUGUGAACCUGUUAGUGGGCACGGAGAAUGGUCUGAUGCUGCUGGACCGCAGUGGGCAGGGCAAGGUCUACAACCUCAUCACGCGCCGACGCUUCCUGCAGAUGGAUGUACUGGAGGGACUCAAUGUGCUAGUCACCAUAUCAGGCAAGAAGAACAAAUUACGGGUUUACUAUCUGUCCUGGCUGAGGAACCGCAUCCUGCACAACGACCCCGAGGUGGAGAAGAAACAGGGCUGGAUCACUGUGGGAGAGCUGGAGGGCUGUGUGCACUAUAAAGUCGUGAAAUAUGAGCGAAUCAAAUUCCUGGUGAUUGCUCUGAAGAACUCUGUGGAGAUUUAUGCCUGGGCCCCUAAGCCCUACCAUAAAUUCAUGGCUUUCAAGUCUUUCACUGAGCUGCCUCAGAGGCCUCAGCUGGUGGAUCUGACGGUGGAGGAAGGUCAGAGGCUCAAGGUCAUCUACGGCUCCAACAUGGGCUUUCAUGUCAUCGAUGUGGACUCUGGCAACCCAUACGACAUCUACAUUCCCUCGCACAUCCAGAGUAGCGUGACUCCUCACGCCAUCGUGGUGCUCCCGAAAACCGAUGGCAUGGAGAUGCUCCUGUGCUACGAAGAUGAGGGCGUGUAUGUCAACACAUAUGGGCGCAUCACCAAGGAUGUUGUGCUGCAAUGGGGAGAAAUGCCUACUUCAGUUGCGUAUAUCCACUCCAACCAGAUCAUGGGCUGGGGUGAGAAGGCCAUUGAGAUCCGCUCCGUGGAGACAGGGCACCUGGACGGGGUCUUCAUGCACAAGCGAGCACAGCGCCUCAAGUUCCUCUGUGAGAGGAAUGAUAAGGUGUUCUUCGCCUCGGUCCGCUCUGGUGGCAGCAGUCAGGUGUUCUUCAUGACGCUCAACAGGAACUCCAUGAUGAACUGGUGAACACGAGGAGCUCCAGGAUCGACGCUACCACGCUCGCCGGGAUGCCCAGCGGCAUCUGUAACUUUUAUUGGUACACUUAACACUGGUUCAAAAAGAAAACUAUGAACAUGAGUAAGAGAAAAAAAAUACUACAGUUUUAGCGACCUUAAAAGAAAAGAGCCUCGGACUGUGAUCAAGCCAAGUCUCCUGAUCUCCAGAUCCGAGCGGAGAAAAAAAAGAUGGCCUCAUUUCCAGCUUUUUAGAGGGAGGAGGUGGCGGUGGUGCAGAGGGUGGUUAGCUAUUCCAGAGCUCGUUCCUCACAUGUCCAGCGGGGGGAGCCAGAGAGGCCUACUGCUGCUGCUGUGUAAAAAAAAGACUGUGUGCCAGGAGCCCUCACCAGAGGCAGCCCUCCCCUCGUGAGUGUGCUAUUCCACCCUUGCACCUUACUGUACAAUGGGACUUUUGACCCGUGGACUUUGAGAGAAUGAGCUGUUUCCUCUGCGUGUCUGUCUUGAACAGCAGAGGUUGCAGGAUGAUCACAACGAGCUGUAUAGAAACUAUGUGUGUGUUUGUGUGUGUGUGGUAUGUGCGUAUGUGUGUGUGUGUUGGGUGGUCGGAGAGACGUUACAAAGAUAUUAAAAAAAAAAGAAAAAGAGGCAACCUCAAACUGAGGAAACGCGUCUAGACCUUUGAUGUUUUCAUCUACAGUAAAAAUCAGGUUUCUUUUACUUUUUUUGUUUACGUUCUCACUCACGCAGUUCCGGAAAUACAUUGGUGUAGAAAGGAGAGGAAUCCAGCGGGUUUGUGGUGAACAUGAGCACAAAACCUACACUGUAUUGAGGGCUGUGGCCUUUUUUUGGUGCUGGUGCUCUUUUUUGUCCCCAUAAUCACACACACUCUUGGCCUUCACCUAACCACUGCUGUCUUGGGGGGCCCAGGCCACUGCGGAGUGGAACUCUUGACACGAUCCUCGCGGUCGUUCUUUCUCCUCUCCCCUGAAGCACCAUGCAUCAGUGUUUUUAAACUCGUUCUCCCCCGCUCGACACCUCCCGAGCCUUUGAUUGUGUCCAAAAAUAUUCUCUUUCAUUCCCUCACCCCCUGUCAUGAUGCCAGUGUCUCCAGAACUACUCCACCACGCAAGCCUCAGAUGCCAACAUGGCUGCCUCUUGUGCACUGCUGAAUCGUAACAACUACUGUACCAGUCGGGACUGUAAUUGACCUACCUCGUAAUCAUGUGUCGGGUUAUUUCCUUCCAGUAAUGCACAGCCUGAGUGUGAGACAUUACAUUAUUCUGAGUAAUUCAACAACACUGUACCCUCAUCCUUACAUGGCAGUGGGGCAGACAGAGAAAGGCUAACUUGCUUUGGAUUUUUUAUUACAAUCUUUUCCCCUGAAUUGAGGGGGAAAGAUGUUCUUUUAUUGAUAUCAAAUUUUCUUUUAUUGAUAUCAUUUUGUGUUUUCGGUUUCCUCAGCAGACUGAUAUUGCAUCACCCGGCAUGAUGAAAAUCGACUAAAAAGAGUCUAAAGUUUCCUUUCUAUAUCGGUUGAGUGGUGGAAAGAUUAACCUUGUUUUAACAUUAUAAAUGUGACUUAAGAUUAUAUGACAAUAACUGUGUUUUUAAUUUAAAAAUAUAUGUACUCAAACAAAAAAAAACUCUGAUGAAAUAACAUGCAGCAAGCAGAAAAUGUGUUACCCUGCUUGUAGAUUUGGCAGUGUAGCUGUUAAAUGACAUUUGACCAAUGAGUUUGAGGGCACAUGGGAUGAAGGGUCCAAACUAGGAAAGGGAAGGAGGGCAGACUGAUGAUGCUUCACACACAGGUUUUAAGCAGGGGGGGCAUGGAUUCCAAGAAUAAGGUCAAAUGAUAAACCUGGUUAUGUUAAACUACAAGGAGUAGUAAACCUGCUGAUAGUCAACAGGUGUCAUUUGGUUAAGUUCAUAAGGGUUGGAGCAGGCGUCACCCAACAGUUUUUCUCUUCCUUUUUAAGGGUGCUGACCAAAAUAUUGUAAAAAUGAAAAAUGAAAAAAGGUCGCACCAUGCAUAGGUUUCUUUAUUACACAGACGCGUUUUGGCGUUCUGCCUUCUCAGUCAUUUGGUUAAGGAAAUAAGGACCCUGGGUUCCUCUAUUAGGUGGUUCACCAUACCUGAAGGUUAAAUUAGCCUGGAUUACUACAAAGUCAGGUUCUUGGAAUACCCUCCUGAUUGCUUAAGCCUCAGUGACUUGUGUGUUCUGAUGUCGGAGCUGAGUGUACCGUGUCGUCUCUCUGUUAGUGCCAUAGCUUUAGCCCUCUUCUCCAUGGGCUGAGAUAUGCCCUCUAUGUCCUAGCAGUCCAUCGCAUGGCUAUACCGUGCUCAAACUAACAAGAGAUGGGUUUGUUUGGGAAGUCGUCAGUUGCAGAAAUCCUCAAAUGAGUCUAUUAUUCUUUUGUACUGUUUAGGGUAAGGGAGGUGCUACCUUUUUCUUCCUUUUACACCGCAUCUUUGGUAUAUUUCAGAUAUUUCCCACCAAGUGGCCACAGAUCAAUCUAUCAGUGCAAGUUUUAUUUCUGAUACAUUCAUACAUUAUUCACCAGAGAAUUGUUUAUCUUGUUUCCAUACACUGAAAUUGUUUUUUAUCUGAUGUCCAGUAAUGUCAUGUAAGCCAUUUGAGUGCGACCUAUUGUUCAGACAUUUGGACAUCUUUGGGUUUUUUCUGUAAUGUUUGCACAUUGAACUUUUGGUUGUAUUUCAGACAUACUUUUAAAUGAACAAAGAGAACCGUUAUGUGAAGACAUAGUGUCUGCACUCCUGACAUAGAGUUUUAGCAAUAAUGAUGUCCUAUGUUGGUUGUGCAUGUGUGAGUGUGUGUGUGCGUGUGUGUGUGUGACGGGGAUGAGUGGGGGGCUGGGAGGAACACUGUGCUAGCUUUUGCCAGAGAGUUUGGGGGUUUUAAAGGAAAAAAAAAGAUCUAACUCUCCUGUCACAAUGCUUUCUUAUUUUACUGUCAGUUCUGGUGGCAUUGACACUUUAAUCACCUGAAACAUUAAUUGGGUAGUAGUUUACUUUUGACGGCUUCCUCAGGGAAAGCUGUUGUGUUUUUCACCCACACAAGGCAUCAAUUGUUGUCUUUCAUUAGUUUUGUUUUUUUAAUAAAGAUGAGAACAAUAUGAAAAUA